UUAGCGCCAUGCAGUCGGGUGUCGGCUUCAUUCCUGUUUGGUCGUUGUGUAGUGCGUGUGGUUUUAUUGAGCGUAUAUUCGUCCUGAUAACAGCACUUUACCAGCAAACAGUGUCAAACUAACCUCAGUCUAGUUGUGCUUCAGUUCACACAGAUUGUCUUCCACCCAAGACAUAUGAAUUCUACAGAUGAAGAUGGGUUUUGUAACUCGAAAUUUUGGGACCCAGCACAGUCGUGGGACACUCCGGACCCAGACCUCUCUCCAUGUUUUGAGCAGACAGCCCUGGUGUGGGGCCCUUGUCUGGUAUUGUGGACCCUUGCCCCCUUUGAGGCCGUCGUAAUCCUGAGCAGCAAGCGUCGGGACGUGCCGUGGGCUUUUACAAACGUUACCAAACUAUUCCUGAACCUAGUACUGAUCGCCAUCAGUGCAGCCAGCUUUGUCAUCUCAGCUGUACAGUCAUUCCAGGGUGAGAAAGUAUAUCCAGUUUCUCUCUGGACACCUGCAAUACUGACCCUUACCUUCAUGCUGGCUGCUGUUAUCCUGGUAUGGGACAGAGUGCGGGGAAUACACACGUCAGGGGGACUGCUUGCGUUCUGGCUUGUGCUCAGUUUGGCCGGGGUGUUUCAAUUCAGAACAGAAUUGCGGCAAGUUGGAAUUACAGAAGAGCCAAACUUCAGGUUCUACCUUUACAUGAUCUACUACCCUAUUGUAGUAGUUAUGCUGAUUUUGAAUUUAUUUGCUGAUCCACUUCCUAGAGUUACAGACCGACCAAAAACAGAGAAACCUUCUCCGGUAGAGAGUGCUUCCUUUGCAUCUAUGUGCUUCUUCGGCUGGUAUGAGUCCCUCAUAUGGAAGGGCUUCCGUAAACCGCUGACUAUAGACGACCUGUGGAAUCUGAGAUACCAUGACACCUCUGAUUAUGUUGUCGCAAAAUUUGAGAAACGAUGGAAUAAGAUUAUGAAAAAAAACUUUGAGUCUCCAAUUGCAAUUAAUUAUGCUAAAACGAAUGGUGCUGUAACAAGUCAACGUAGCAAACCGAGGAAAAGAGUAUCAGUAACCGGCACCAUGUUCAAAACUUUCUGGCUUAGUAUUCUUAAUGCUGGCAUUAUAAAAGUGUUGAAUGACUGUCUGGCAUUUGUGAACCCUCACCUGUUACAUUUAAUGAUAGACUUUGUGAAGAACAAGGACUACAUGUGGAAAGGCUUCAUGUACGCUAUUGGCAUGCUUCUAAUAGCCCAACUCCAAUCGGUUUGCUUGCACUCAUUCCUACACUUGAUGUACACUGUUGGACUGAACUGGAGGACUUCCCUCGUAUCAGCCAUCUUCAAUAAGGCCCUCCGAAUAUCCAGCUCCGCGCGUAAGACUUCCUCCAUGGGGGAAGUUGUCAACUUGAUGGCAGUGGACGCUCAGCGCUGUGUUGAUUGUGCUCCACACUUGCACAUGGCCUGGACAGGAAUCUUGACCGUCAUAGCUUGCAUGUUUUUUCUGUGGAGGAUAAUAGGAGUGGCAUCGCUGGCAGGAAUGGCUGUCCUGAUUAUCUUGACUCCGGUAAAUGUUACUAUCUCAAAAAAAGUGAGAACUCUUCAAUUAAGGCAGAUGAAAGUCAAGGAUGAGAGAGUGAAGAUUGUCAAUGAAGUGUUAAGUGGCAUGAAGGUUUUGAAGCUGUAUGCUUGGGAGCCGAGCUUCAAAGAUUACAUUUUAGCAAUCAGGGAGAGAGAAAUGACUUUAUUGAAAUCUGCUGCGUUGUGGAAUGCUUCCACCUCAUUUUUCUGGCUUUGCUCUUCAUUUCUUGUAUCGUUCACUUCGUUUGGUGUGUUUGUUCUUCUCGACGAGCGCAAUGUUCUCACUCCUGAGAUCGCAUUCGUUGCCUGUGCACUCUUCAACGUCAUGAGGUUCCCUAUCUACUACACACCAAUGAUGGUCCAGUUCAUUAUACAGUUUUUGGUUGCAUUGAAGAGAAUAAAUAAAUUCAUGAAUGCAGAUGAGCUGGACUUUACUUCAGUCUCUCACGAUACAAACAAAAAGGAACCGUUAAUUAUAGAAGAUGGGACAUUCUCAUGGGGUAAUGAGGAAGAUGACAAGCCUGUUUUGCGCAAUAUCACACUGAAGGUACAGCCUGGACAUUUGGUAGCAGUGGUGGGGGCCAUUGGUGCUGGCAAGACUUCCCUUAUAUCUGCCUUCAUGGGCGAAAUGGUCAGGAAUUCUGGUUAUGCCAAUACCAAGGGAAGAAUAGCAUAUGUAGCGCAACAGGCUUGGAUCCAGAAUGCAACAGUCAAAGACAAUAUUGUGUUUGGAAGCAAUUUUGAUGAAAAACAUUAUUUCAAAACAGUAAAGAACUGUGCAUUAGAACAAGACUUCAAGAUGCUGUCUGGAGGGGAUGCCACAGAGAUAGGAGAAAAGGGUAUCAACCUGAGUGGAGGACAGAAGCAGAGAGUGAGUCUAGCACGAGCAGUGUACAGUGAUGCAGAAAUCUAUCUGAUGGACGAUCCACUCAGUGCGGUCGAUGCUCAUGUCGGCAAACACAUCUUUGAGAAUGUAAUUGGUCCCCAUGGCCAGCUUAAGAACAAGACUCGCAUCCUGGUGACCCAUGGGAUAGCGUUCCUGCCUCAAGUAGACGUGAUUGUGGUUAUGAAGGGAGGUGAGAUCAUGGAGAGAGGUACCUUCAAAGAACUGUUGGAGAAGAAAGGAGAGUUCUCAGAAUUUCUGAUACAGCACUUGGCAGAAACGGACCAACAUGAGGAGACUCAAGACAUCCAAGAACUUUUAGAUGAAGAAACUACUCAGAGAAUAAGAAAGAUAAGCAAGAGUGAAUCUUUAAGGUCACUCCGAUCCACCAGCCGAAGAAGUUCAGUCAACCUAGAGGUUCAGUCAAGCUUGAGACAGUCUGAAAAAUAUUUGUCAGAUGACAUGGGAAGUACAAACAGUUUGAUCGGUCUUGGAGUUUCAACUCUUCACUUUGUGGAAGAAACUGAAGAACCAAGUUCAGGACAGGUAGUUGAGAUGAGUGUUUUGAAGAACGGAGAAAUCGUGGACUCUGGUGUCGCUGUGGCCGACCAGAAUGACGUAGAGUCUGAAACGGAAGAAUUACUCCAUAAACGUCUUAGCAAGGUCAGAUCUUCGAAAUCUGCAUCAGACAGAAAUAUUGCAAGUCAACCAGAGAGAAAACCAAUAAGCAAACUAAUCCAAGUUGAGGCUGCUGAAACUGGAAAGGUGAAGUGGAGUGUCUACUUCCACUACUUCAGUGCUAUGGGGUACUGGCUAGUGGUUACCACUGUUGGCUUUAACAUGCUCUCCCAAGCUCUGGCCAUCUUUGCUAACAUCUGGUUGUCCAAGUGGAGCUCUGAUGCAUCAGCUGCAGUUAAUGGUACUCAGGUCCUGGAUAAGCGCAAUAGUUAUCUCCACAUGUACACUGCACUUGGGUUUGGUCAAGUGUUAACGGUGGUGGCAAGUUCAUACUCUCUGGCUUUUGCCACUAUCUAUGCAUCUCGGAACCUGCAUCUAUCGAUCCUGUCAAACAUCCUGCGAUGUCCUAUGAGCUUCUUUGACACCACACCACUUGGAAGAAUUGUCAACCGUCUGGGUAAAGAUGUGGAUGUAGUGGACAACGUUCUACCUGUUACUGUCGGAAAUGCUCAAUAUGCUCUGGCAACUGUAUUUGGCACAUUUAUUGUCAUCAUCUGGUCCACCCCAGUGUUUGCUCUUGUGAUUGUUCCAUUAGGAAUUCUCUACUACUCCAUACAGGUUAUCUAUGUAACUACAUCUAGACAACUGAAGAGGAUUGAGUCAGUAUCCCGGUCUCCCAUUUACUCUCACUUCAGUGAAACUCUCUCAGGUCAGUCAGUUUUAUCAUUUCUUAAGCUCUUGUUUGAUGUUUCCAGGUGGUUGGGAAUCCGACUUGAGACCAUAGCAAAUAUUUUAAUUUUCUUUGCAGCUUUUUUUGCUGUAUUAGGCAGAGAUUCACUGGAUCCAGGAAUCGUAGGGCUCUCCAUUAGUUAUGCUUUACAGAUAACUUUUGUUAUGAAUGCUGCUGUAAGAAUGGCUUCAGAAAUAGAGACGAGCAUUGUUUCUGUGGAGAGGAUAAAAGAGUACGCUCAACUUCCUCAGGAAGCCGCAUGGAUAAUAGAGCCUCGCCCUAGCCCGGAAUGGCCUGGCCAAGGAGUUGUCAAGUUCCAGGAUUACAAAGUGCGAUACCGUGAGGGACUAGAUCUAAUACUGAAAGGCAUCUCCUUCACCGUCUCUGGCAGUGAGAAGAUUGGAAUAGUUGGUCGCACUGGAGCAGGCAAGUCCUCUCUCACUCUCUGUCUAUUUCGCAUUAUUGAAGCUGCAGGUGGCCAUAUUUAUAUUGAUGACCUUGACAUUGCAAAGAUUGGUCUUGGGGACCUACGCUCAAAACUCACCAUUGUACCUCAAGAUCCAGUGCUGUUCUCGGGCCAUCUCCGCAUGAACUUGGACCCAUUUGAAAUGUUCAGUGAUACAGAUAUAUGGUGCGCUUUAGAGCUUGCUCACCUCAGUGAAUACGUCAAGAGUCUUCCACAAGGUUUGAAGCACCCUGUUGCUGAGGGUGGAGAGAACUUGAGCAUUGGUCAACGCCAGUUGAUCUGCUUGGCUAGAGCUCUGCUGCGCAAGACCAAGGUGUUGAUACUGGACGAGGCAACAGCUGCCAUUGACUUGGAGACUGAUGAUCUGAUCCAGCAGACCAUCCGCAGAGAGUUCCGAGACUGCACAGUACUCACUAUUGCUCACCGGCUCAACACCAUAAUGGACUCUGAUAGAGUUUUAGUGUUGGAUCAAGGGCUAAUAAAGGAGUUUGACUCUCCUAAAAAUCUACUGAAGUCCUCUUCAUCAAUCUUUUAUGGAUUAGCCAAGGAUGCAGGCCUUAUAUAGUACUUCAAAAUGACUGAAAUAAAUAUGUUAGCAGUAUUAAUUAAUAUUAUGAUAUUUUUUCAUGUAAUAGUAAUAGAACUUUCAACAAUACAAACUUUUCAUCAUUUAGCUUAAGCAAUAUCGAGUUCACUUUAAAUGUGAAAACAAUUUUUACAACAUUUGCAAUGUAAUUGAUAUCCCAAAUUUAUUCAAAUAAAGUUUAAUAAAAUACAUAUACUUAUGUAAGGCCUCAUUUAAUUCAUCAACCAGUCCCAUAAAUUAAAAAUAGUCAACAUAAUUGUUUACAUCUGUUAGAGCAAAAUAUUAUGUAAGGCUUUACACAAUAUUAAAAAAAACUGUUAAGUUCUUUUAGAAAGGAUCAUUAGGUGAUAAGAAAAAUAUUUUUCCUACACAAUUUCUUAAAGUUAUAGUUAUAGUUUUAAGAUGAUAACAGUACAAAACUAAAGAUACUAGCAAUACGGAAGAACACAUUUAUCAGUAAAUUACAAUAAAACAAAAUGUCCAUUAUAUGUUUGAAAAAUAAAGAAUUAUCUAUUUCUA